CUCAAGUUUGUUUGAAGAGAGAGUGAGUAGAGUGAAGAAAAAGAAUAUAUUUAUUUAAUUGUGAAUAUGGUAAAGGGUUUUUAUUAACAUGUUGCUGCAUAAACAUUAUAGAUGAUGAUAUGAUAAGGAAAGUGCAGUGGUUAGAUCUGAAUUCAGAGAAGAGUGUGUCAUGACAUAAAUAAAAUUUUGCUAUCAUUGGGUUGUAUAUACCUGUCACUGUACCACCCUGCUUCAAUGCAUUUCACCAAUUUAGUAAUCUCAGACCAUUCAUGACAAUAGACUAGUGUUUAGAGGUUGUUUGCGAUGGACCGACGGUGGCCGUGGAAGAAAAAGUCGUCUGAUAAGGUUUUGAAUGAGAAAACAGAAGGUUUGGUAGAUUCCUCGGAUGCUUCCAAUCAGGAUAAUACCAAGAAAUCGAAUUAUGUUCAAAUUUCUGUGGAGUCGUAUAAGCAUCUGUCUGAAUUGGAGGAUCAAGUGAAGUCAUAUGAGGAAAAAGUGAAGACGUAUGACGAACAAGUUCAGACAUAUGAGGAAAAAGUUCAGACGCUUGAAGAUGAGAUCAAGGAAAUGAAUGAAAAGCUUUCGGUGGCGAACUCUGAGAUCAAUACUAAGGAAAGCAUGGUAAAACAACAUGCUAAAGUAGCCGAAGAAGCUGUCUCAGGAUGGGAAAAGGCGGAAGCUGAGGCUUUGGCGUUGAAAGAUCAUCUAGAAUCAGUCACUCUUUCGAAACUCACUGUCGAGGACCGCGCAUCGCAUUUAGAUGGUGCUCUUAAAGAGUGUAUGCGACAGAUACGGAACCUUAAGGAAGAACAUGAACAGAAAAUUCAGAAAGUUGCUCUGUCGAAAACCAAGCAAUUGGACAAGAUUAAGGGGGAGCUAGAGGCUAAUAUAGCUAGUUUUGAACAGAAACUCCGGAGGUCUGUUGCGGAAAAUGGAGCGCUGUCGAGGUCCUUGCAGGAGCGGUCUAACAUGCUAAUCCAAAUAAGCGAAGAAAAAGCUCAUGCUGAAGCUGAAGUUGAGCAGCUUAAGAGCAAUGUAGAGUUGUGUGAGAGAGAAAUUAAUUCACUUAAAUAUGAACUUCAUGUUUCUUCCAAAGAGCUUGAAAUUCGCAAUGAAGAAAAAAACAUGAGUAUGAGGUCUGCAGAAGCGGCUAACAAGCAGCAUAUGGAGGGUGUAAAGAAAAUUGCUAAGUUAGAAGCUGAGUGCCAAAGACUACGCGGACUAGUUCGGAAAAAGUUACCUGGUCCGGCUGCACUUGCACAAAUGAAGCUAGAAGUUGAAAAUCUUGGCCGAGAUUACGGAGAAAGUCGGUUAAAGAAAUCGCCUGUGAAGCCUGCUUCCCCUAAUCCGUCCCCAUUACCUGAGUUCUCCCUAGAGAAUGUACAGAAUUUCCAGAAGGAGAAUGAAUUUCUUACGGAGCGUUUAUUUGCAAUGGAAGAAGAAACAAAGAUGCUGAAAGAAGCGUUGGCUAAACGGAACAGCGAAUUGCAGGCCUCAAGAAGUACGUGUGCCAAAACACUGAGCAAACUUCAAAGUUUGGAAGCACAACAUCAGAAUGGAUCUCCAAAAUCCAUCAUGCAUGUAACUCAUGAAAGCAUUUAUAGUCAUAACGCAAGCAUUGCACCAAGCUUGGUUUCGAUGUCUGAAGAUGGAAAUGAUGAUGCAGGAAGUGUUGCCGAGUCUUGGACUACAACAAUGGCAUCUGGGCCAUCCCCUCAAAUUACUAAAAAAUGUACUGAGGAAUCAAGCAAAUCCGAAACCAUUCAAAAGUUGGAACUAAUGGACGACUUUCUGGAAGUUGAGAAGUUAGCUCGUCUGUCAAUUGAUUCCAACAUAGAUGCGACAGUUUCAUUACCUUCAAACAAUAAGGAAACUGAUGGUGUGGCCAAUGAUAUAUCACAAGUCAGCACUGGCAAUGUUGGCGAUUCAAAUUCAUUGCCAAAUCAAGUGUCUUCGGGUGCUUUGACAUCAGCACCUGAUCCCCAAUCUAAUGUUGGUAGCUUAUUAACAGAGCUUAGAUCAAGAAUAUUAUUAGUUUUUGAGUCCAUUGCUAAGGAUACUGAUAUCGGAAAGAUCGUUGAGGAUAUUAAACACGUGCUUGAUGAUUCUCAUGACACUGCCCCUUCUGAAGCCACAUGUGAUAGGCAGAAUAAUCCUGAAGAUGCCGGCUUAAACCUUGAAAAUGAAACCAUUUCUUCCCUGCAGCGCAAAGAAUAUGUGCAGAUAACUUCAGAUUUAGAAGCUGCGAUUUCUCAUAUCCAUGACUUUGUAUUGUUACUUGGCAAAGAAGCAAUUCCAUUUCACGACGUAUCUUCUGAUGGAAAUGUUAUGAGCCAAAAGAUUGAGGAGUUUUCUGUCACCUUUAAUAAAGUUUUAUGCAGCGAUGCAAGUAUGUCACAGUUUGUUCUUGAACUGUCUUACGUUUUGGCUAAAGCAAGUGAACUCAGAUUUAGUGUCCUUGGCUACAAGGGCACUGAAGCUGAAACUAACAGUCUCGAUUGCAUAGAUAAGAUUGCUUUGCCUGAAAAUAAGUUAGUUCAAGAAAAUUCAUCCGGAGAAAGGUAUCAAAAUGGUUGCUCCCGUGUUCUUAAUCCUGAUUUUCCUGAUGAUGGAAAUUUGGUUUCGGGCUAUAAUGUGAACAUGGCAUCACAAAAACUUUCAUCAGAAGAAUUUGAAGAAUUGAAACUAGAGAAAGAGAAAGUAGCAACAGAUCUGUCAAUAUGUGCCGAGAAUCUUGAGGCAACCAAGUCUCAAUUGCUAGAAACUGAGCAACUUCUAGCAGAAGUCAAAUCACAACUAGUUUCGGCUCAAAGUUCAAAUAGCUUGGCUGAGACGCAGCUAAAGUGUAUGACAGAGUCGUACAAGUCACUUGAAACACGUGCCCAGGAGUUCGAAGCUGAAGCGAACCGUUUGCAAAGUACGAUAGAAACUCUGGAGAAUGAGCUUCAAGAAGAAAAGAAGGCUCACAAAGCCGCUUUGGAAAAGAGCAAGGAGUUCGAGGAGCAGUUACUAAGGAUUGAGAGCUUAACAGCUGAAAAUGACAUCAAGUCUACGAAGGAGAGAGAUUUGGCAGCCGCGGCCGAAAAGCUAGCCGAGUGUCAAGAAACCAUAUUCCUUCUGGGAAAGCAGUUAAAUGCUAUCCACCCUCAAAGUCCAAAUUCUCAAGAAGUAGUUCACUUGGAGAUGAACAGUGCCACUUCUUCUUUUGUCCAAAGACUGAGUUCAGAUUCCCCCUUGCAUUUCUCCAAUGGUUUAUUUGUCCCAUCAGACAAUGAUUCAAACAUACCGGCACCGGCACCGGCACCGGCCAGAUCUCCGGCACCACUUCCAAAAUCAAAACCGAAACACAGACCUACGAAAUCAGCCUCUUCAACUGGUUCUGUCACUACGCCGGAGAAACAUGGACGGGGAUUUAGUAGAUUCUUUUCAUCAAAAGGGAAGCCUGGUUAUUGAGAUUGCAGCUUGCAGAUAUAUUAGUAAUAUUAAUGUUUGACAUAAUUGAGUUUUUGGGGAGGUUUGUGUAGGUAAGGAAAAGGAUGCUAUGAGUGUAUGGUGAUUGAUGCUUGUAUGUAAUGGUUGUAAAGUAACCUUAUGUUUUUUUUUCUUCCUUUUCAUUGGUUUUUCCUCCCUAUGUUCUGGUAUUGAAUCAGUAAACUAUAAACAUUGACAUAGUCUAAGAACCUUUACAGUUACAUGUUCAAAUUCAAAUUCAGUUAUGAGAUUAAGGUGAAUAUUUUGAUAAA